AUGGCCAAACGCACCAAGAAGGUCGGAAUCGUGGGUAGAUACGGGAACUGCUAUGGGGCCUCCCUCAGGAAGAUGGUGAAGACUGAGAUUAGCCAGCACACCAAGUACACCUGCUCCUUCUGUGGCAAGACCAAGAUGAAAAGGCGCGCGGUGGGCAUCUGGCACUGUGGCUCCUGCAUGAAGACCGUGGCCGGUGGCGCCUGGACCUACAACACCACUUCUGCUGUCACAGUAAAGUCUGCCAUCAGAAGACUGAAGGAAUUGAAAGACCAAUAGAAGCUCCGCCA